GACUCCAUCAUCAGCAUCCGACGCUGACAGCGGUCGAAGACACAGCAUCCCUAAUAUAACCGAGCCGCGGUAACGUCGCAGGAUAAUUCCGAGCCGGGCCGAGCAGCGCCGACGUUGCCGCUGCUGCUACCGCUGCUGCUGCUGCUGAUGAUGAUGAUGAUGCUGAUGCUGAUGCUGUCUUGUGACAAUAUGGUUUACUGAAGCUGCCAUCUUACAAGCCGCCGAGCUGCAACAUAGUGAGUAGCCUUUGAUGAUGGAUCGCCAGGAUGCUACAAUCGUGUGUGUGCCCCCACUACCUGCAUUAGGUUGUGAUGACCCACACUACUUCCAAAUGUAUCUGUGACCUUCCCCAAUCCUGACUCCUAACCUCUAAUCCCUGACCUUUGACCCCCACUAUGGGCAGUGUUGGCAGUGGGGUGGCAGGAGAGCAGGAGUUUGCCAUGAAGUCUGUGGGCACAAGGACCACCCUGCCCCGUGCCCCUCCUCUCUCUCGCCGUUGCCCUGCCGACCGCAGCUGCAGCGCAGAACGGCUCCCGCGCCCCCCGGCAACUAUAUCAGACGGGACGGCUUCUAGUGAUGAACGAGGGAGUGUUAGUGUCGGGACUGGGACCUGUACCGGGACUGACCGACCCACCGAAACAGCCUCCUCCACCAACACUGAAUGUACCAUGGCUGCCCCGUCCAACAACAACCAGUUGGAGUGUGGCAAUGGAGCAGGCAGGAGGGAGUGGGAAAGGCAGCGUGAGAGGGGGAGAGACAGGGACCGGGACCGAGACUGGGAUCGAGAGAGGUUAGAGCGAGAGCGAGAAAGGGAGAGGAACCGGGAAAGGGAAAGAGAACGAAUUGAAAGGGAGCGGGAGCGAGAGAGGGAAAGGGAGAGGGAAAGAGAGAGGGAGAGGCUGGAGAACGAGAGGUUGGAGAGAGAAAGAGAGAGGGAAAUGCAGGCCGCAGCCCUCGAUGUUUGUGGCAACAUCGUGGGCCGAGGAGUGAACGAGAAGAACGGCAUCGGCAUGAACCCACACCAGCACAGAGAGAUGGCUGCCGCCAGAACUGACAGUGAGAACAAUCCAGGCAGCCAUAACCCUCCAAACCAUAACCCGCCCAAGAUCCUGCCAGUGUCAGGAAAACUAGAGCAGGCAAUGCAGAACAACUCAGGCCUUGUCCGUCCCUCUGCCUUCAAGCCGGUGGUUCCCAAGAGCUUCCACUCCAUGCAGAACCUGGUGGGCCAGGCCGGAGGAGCUGGGAGUGAGGGCAAGACUGAGUCGAGGAGUGAAGGGUUCAGUGAGAGCAGAGGAGGCAGGAGAGGCAGGGAUGGAGGAGGAGGAGAAUCAGGAGAGGUGCCAGAGGCCCUGCUCCUGGACCAGGACAGUCCGGUGAGGGUCAGCAGAAGUGAGGGUGGAGGGAAUGGGAAUGAAGUGGUUCAGGGAGGGAUGUCUGAUUCAGGUAGAAACUCCCUGACUAGCCUGCCCACCUACACAGGCUCGGGGUCUGGUUGUGGGCCCCCAGCUGUCCUGGGGCCUCUCAGUGCUUCCACCAGCCACAUCAAUAGGUUGGGCAUGGCUGGGGCAGCUGCAGGCCUAGACAAGCUGGAAAAGCCUGGCUAUCAGAAUGGGCUCAGCACCUCAGACAGUGGCCGGUCCUCCUCGGGAAAGAGCUCCUCAUCCUAUCAGAGGCUGAGCCACCUGAGUGAUGCCCCAGCACCUCUGCGCCCCUCCCCCUCCUCUGAUGACAUCAUACAGGACCUUGAGGACCGCUUGUGGGAGAAAGAGCAAGAGGUGCAGCAUAUGCGCAGAAACUUGGACCAAAGUGAAGCAGCGAUCAUUCAGGUGUUUGAGGAGAAGCAGCGUGUCUGGGAGCGGCAGAUGGAUGAGCUGAGACAGAAUUAUGCCUCGCGUCUGCAGCAGGUUACACGACGUGCUCAGCGCUCCCAGACUGCCCUGCAGGCCCAGAUAACCCGUCUGUCCCAGGACAAGAGGAGGCUCCAGGAGGAGAUAGCAGCUCUGUUGGCCCAGAGAGAGGAGCUGGAGAGAAAGUGUCUGGAUUACAGGAAGGAGCAGGCUGACAUCUUACCUCGUCUGGAGGAGACUAAAUGGGAGGUGUGUCAGAAGGCUGGAGAGAUCUCGCUCCUGAAACAGCAGUUGAGGGAGAGUCAGGCUGAAGUGACGCAGCGAGCCGGAGAGAUGGUGGCCCUGAGAGGGCAGCUGAAGGAGCUCAAUGCUCAGCUGAGGGAGCGCGAGGAAGCCAUGCUGGGCCUGAAGGACUCCUACAGCACCAAGAGUCUGGAGCUGGAGAAGUGUGAGGUGGAGCUGAGGAGGACUCUCUCUGAGGUGUCCAUCCUCAGAGAAAAGCUGGGUGUGUUCGAGGCAGAGGUGCUCAGUUUAAAGCGGGCUCUGAAUGAAGUGAGCAGAGGAGCAGAGGUUGUUGUGAGCCCUAACUUAGCUGCGGCUGGACUUUUGCCACCAUGGGGAGUUGUCCACUGCCCACGGAACCCCACUGAGUCGUCAGCCAACUCCCUCACCCCCACCGCUGACACCCUGCUGAGUCUUCAGAGUGAUGAAGCCAAAGCCCAAAGGCAGGAAGCUCAGAGACAGGAGAGGCAGCAGCGUGAAGAAGCCCAGUGGCGCGAUGCACAGCAGAGGCAAGAUGCCCACAUGCAGCAGGACAUCCAAAUGCGUCAGGACGCUCAAAUUCGGCCCGAGGCUCAACUUCGCCAGGAAGCCCAGCUUCGUCAGGAGGCUCACCUCCGCCAUGAAGCCCAAAUCCGACAAGAGGCCCAAAUACGCCAAGAAGCACAUCUGCGUCAAGAGGCACAGCUCCGCCAUGAAGCCCAAAUGCGCCAAGAGGCCCAACUACGUCACGAGGCCCAACUCUGCCAGGAGGCGCAACUGCGUCAGGAUGCCCAUCAGCCACAGCGGGGGCAGGAGGGUCACUGGGAUGAAGCAGGGGAGCUGCGCAGACAGCUAGAGCAGCUUCAGGCCGCGUUACGCCUGGAGCGGCAACAAAGGGAGCGUCAGGCCCUCAACUUUGACCAGGAGCGACACACUUGGCAGGAUGAGAAGGAACGGGUUUUAAAAUACCAGGCCCAGCUGCAGCUCAGCUAUGUGGAAACGCUGCAGAAGAACCAGGCUUUGGAGAAACGUAUGAGCCAGUUGGGAGCCAAACCAAACACAACCUCCACCACCACCACAAUUACAACUACCACCACCACUUCCCCGACCUCCUCCAGUUCUCCACCUCCACUUCCAGCCCUUUCACCUCUGUCCCCUCAGUCUCUACCUUCUAUUUCUGGCCCUAUUGCACUCACCCUUUCCCCACCUUGUGAAGACCAGAAGGGCUCUCCUUCUCUCCACCAGCUUGCCCCUCCUUGGGCGGGGCCCACUCGCCUGGAGAGGAUAGAGUCCACUGAGAUUUAGUGACACUUUCAUGAAAUGGUCACAAGAUGUCCAGUUAUGGCGAGUUCUCACACACAAAACCACUUUAGCGUACAGUUCAAAAAAAUAAUAACAAUAAUAAUAAUAAUAAUUUCAGUCUACAAUAGAAUAAAUCAGUACAGUCUGACAUACUUUUCAAAGCAACUAUAGACACUCAACAGCAACAAAGGCUAACUGUAAGAUCCAGCAUUAUUAGAAACGAACCGAUUUUCCGAAGCAGCCUUUUUCUUACUAGUUGCACACAAUUUAGUCAUUAUACAAUAACUGUUUAUGAAAAGUGUGCCAUACUGAUGGAUAGCAGAGAAAAAAUAAAAUAAUGACAAUGUUAAACAGCACUAAUACAGGGGUCACCGAAUGCCCAGUACUAGAAAAGGACCAAGACAAUCAGGGAUAUUGUCAGAAAUGAUCAACAAGAAUAUCAUGCUGUAUUUAUUCAUUGUAAGUCUGUGUCACUGGUAAUGUAAAAGUAGAAAUAGUGGUCAGAGUGCGUGAUGUUAACUUGCAUUUUUGGCCAGAGAGCGCCUUACUCCAUUCAUUAAUCCCAGCAUGUAUAAUAGAGUAACUAAUGCUGGGAAUAGAUGGGGAAAAAAAAAAAAUCAGAAGUAGAGUUAUUAUUUUGAGUGCUUUAGUAAUCAUAUCAGAAAAACCAGUUACACAACAACAUAACACAUGGCUGGACUUUUUCCAUUCAAAUCCCAGCAGAUGUUGACAUCAAGGUCACACAGACUGAUUCUUGACUCAUUUUAAAGUCCUUUCAUGCACAGGGUCCAACAUGCAUGACCCAUUUAAACACAUUAUUAAGACCAAGAGAGUUUAUAUUUUGUACAAAUUGAAUUAAAUAGAUAUGUUUAGUAGUAGAUAAUCAGCCCUGAGAGGAACCAGGUUUGCUCUAAACUGCAGCUUGCCUGCCGUGACUAAAUAUGGACACUAGAGGUCGUUAGAGAGCUUUCACGGCACCCCCAACACAACUGAACUGCAAAGGAGGGUGUGAACGCAGGCACACAAUUUGAAUUUGAGUAUUAUGACGAUUGUGUCACUCUGUGCACUCAUGGGCCAAGAACGCAGUCAGUCCGCCCCAAAGUUGAAAUCUUUUAUAGAAUGUAUGAUACACUAGAAAGAAAUGAAUAUAAUAGUUAUAGAUUGUAAAUGUGUGGACGAGCGAGUGUACUGUGUGCAAGGAGAUGUGUGCAUGUGUGUAUACAUAUUAAAAGUUUCAGCGUAUGAGAUUUGAGGACAGAGGGAAUAGUGGCAAUACAGCAAGUGAAGAUAUAUCGAGAUCAGAGGGAUUUUUCUUUUAACCACAGGUUUUUGGAAGUCUGACAUAAGAGCAGUGAGACUGAGGGGAGUCUGUAUAUCCUGGAAAACUCUUACUUUCUUCUGUAUAGUUUGUUUUAGAAAAAGCAGAUGAAAAGGGACGCGAUGAAUAAAAUUAAAUCUGAGGGGAAAAAAACAUAAACGGGAGGCAUUCAGGCUAACUGCACUACAUAGUAUCCUACACACAAGUUGUGAUGUACAGUCGACUCAGAUGUGAAUAUCAUGGCUUUUAUAAGUGUUGUUUAUGCCAGCAUACAAAGAUGUUGCUCAAGACUAUUAACUUAUCUCUAAGGUAUUACAUAGUAUUAUCAUCUUUAUUACUGUUAUUAUAUUAAUGGUGAACUGACAGAGAAAAUAUGUGCCAUUUGAGCUUUCCUUUAUGUGUUUUUUUUGUUUUGUUUUGUUUUUUUUAACAGUGUAUAGAUAGCCUAUUGGCCUAUCAUAAUGGUGCGAUCAUAGCAAAACUGUCCAAAAAAUGAUGUUCCUUUUGAUGUAGGUGAUAAAUGUAGUUGCAGUAAUGCAUUGUUGAGAGAACAAAAAUACUACCAGUUUUAUACAUAUUCCAAUUUUAUCGUUUGCAUUUAUGUUAGUAGUACUGUUCUGGCUUGAUUAAAACCACCCCCUUUGUAAAAUUAAGAACUAAUAAAGAUAUGUGAAUAUU